AUGGCGAGCGGAUAUGCGCCUCAAAUGGAGAAGAUCGCCGGAAUGCAUCCCUCCGAGCAGCGCGAGUUCUGUGACAACCUCGAAGUCGUCGCCGAUACUACUUCGGUCAAACCACCAAGCACCACGGUCAAGUACGAUAGCAACAGCAAUGUGACGAUGAAUACAUUGCCCAGUACCGCAGAAAACGACGUUGAGCAGUUGAGAGGACCCGCCGAAAUGGAGAAUCUGGCCGUUAUUUGGACCAAGAAUUGGCUCAUCGCCGCCUACGCAGCAAUUAUGCUCAUAUCUUUCAUCAACUCUCUCCAACAACAAGCCAACUUCUCGUGGAGACCCUACGUCACCUCCGCCUUCAUGAUGCACGGUCUCACUGCCAUGACCGAUGUGGUAGCCAACAUCGUCGGAGGCGUAUCGAAGCUACCGCUGGCUAAGUUCAUUGACCUCGUCGGCCGACCUCAAGGCUUUCUUAUGUGCUUAAUGUUCAUUGUCGCCUCACUAAUCCUCAUGGCUUUCUGUCAAAACGUCCAGACCUUUUGCGCAGCACAAGUCAUCUACUGGACAGGUAUGAAUGGUGUCGACUACGUUUUUAACAUCUUCAUCGCCGAUACUUCGCUCAUGCAGAACCGUUUGAUCUGGAUGUCGUUCACUGGACUCCCCUACGUCGUCAACACCUUCGCUGGUCCUGAGCUUGGCGAAACCUACCUUACCUACAGUACCUGGCGCUGGGGCUAUGGAUCCUUUGCCAUCCUGACACCAGUAUUCUCCCUGUCGUUUUGGGCUGUCUUCUGGCUCAUGGUGGUUGGCCUCCUGCUCGUAGCUGGCGGCUUUUCCCUCCUUCUUCUUCCCUGGCCUCUUGCAUUCUACCAGAAGAAGGGUUUCGCGUCUCCAAUGGUCCUGUGCAUGAUCGUCUUCGGACUCUUGCUUAUCGCAGCCUUCGUUGUCUGGGAGCGCUUCUUCGCCAUCAAGACCUUCUUUCCAUACUAUCUCAUGAAAAACCGUUCGGUUAUUGCGGCAUGCCUGCUAGGCGGCAAUUCCUGGAUCGCUUUCUAUUCCUAUCGGAUGAUGUACUCGUCAUACCUCCAAGUCGUUUUCCAACUUUCCGUGUCCAAGGCUGGAUACAUCACCAACAUCUUCAACAUUGUCUCGUGCACCUGGGCCAUCAUCAUCAGUCUCGCAAUGAAGUAUACCGAUACCUACAAGUGGGGAGCCAUCAUUGCCGUCCCUAUCCAACUACUCAUGACUGGCUUGUUGAUUCAUCUCCGCACGCCUGGCACCCACAUCGCAUUGCUCGUCCUAGUCGAGGUACUUGGCGCCAUGGCAAGCGCCAUGCUCUACAACGUUGAGCAAGUCGCCAUCAUGAUGGCUGUUCCGCAUGACCAGGUCGCGGUUGCUAUCGCACUCCUCAACGUCAUCACCGCGGUCGGUGGUGCCAUUGGCCAGUCUGUCAGCGGCACCCUCUGGGCCCAGAUUGUGCCUAAGAAACUUGCCGAAUACCUCCCUGAAGGCUCGAAGCACCUGGCUCCGAUAAUAUACGGCGACAUCAGCCUUCAACUGGAACUGCCAUGGGGCAGUCCGGAGCGUGAGGCCGUGGUUCAUGCCUUUGGCGAUGCACAGAAAGUCAUGGUCAUGCUGGGAACUUGCGCAUUCGUACCCUGCUUCAUAUGGGUCGCCAUGCUAAAGAACUCCCGCAUGAGCGAGCGCAAAGCUCGCAAGGGUUUGCAGGCUUGA